AUUCUUUUUCGGAAAGUAAAAACUAAAUAAUAUUGAUAUUACAAUUAACAAAAAAUAAUAAUAAUAAAUUUAACAUAAAUUAAUCUAUAUGCUUAUUAUUUAUUUUAACGUAAAAUGAACGUCAUUUGCUCUAUAUGUAGCGAACAGUUGAUACAAUCAGAUGAUAUUUUUUAUACAAGAUGUGGACAUGUAUUUCAUUUGCAUUGCUUAACACAAUGGCUUGAAAGAUCAAAAAGUUGUCCACAAUGUAGAGAAAAAGUCACACAAAGUAAAAUACAUAGGCUCUAUUUCACAUUUCCAAGUAAUGAAGUAGUUGAAUUUCAAGGUUCUACAUUACAAGAGAAAGUGGAUAACUUAAAAUUUCAAAUUUUAUUAAAGGAAAAAGACAUUCAAUAUUAUUCUUCAAAAAAUGUUACUUUAGAAAAACAAAAUGCUGGUUUAAAACAAGAGGUUCGAAAAGUAGAAAGUGAAAUUAACAAAAAAAAUGCAGCAAUACAUGCUUUGAAAGAACAAAUUAAUUACUUUAAAGAGCAAAGUUCACACUGUGAUAAUUUAAAAAAAGAAAUUGUUCAAUUAAAAAAUAAGAUUGAAGAUCUUAAACCAAUACAGGUAUUAUUACAUGCACCUAUUAGUGAUGUUAGUAAAAUGGUUGGAAAAACUAAAGAUCCUGAAACACUUACUAUGUAUAUUUCUAUUAUGAAAAAAGAAUUAAUUGGAAGAUUUAAUAAAUGUAAACAAUUACGCAUGAGUAUUAAGAAGCUUCAAGAAAAACUUUCUAAAGUUAAUAUGAAAAAUGAUACAUCAUUAGAAGAGCAGUCAAAACAAAUGGAUUUUGAAGAAAAAUUAGCAUUUUCAGAAAGCAAAAAUAUGGCAUUACAAAAACGGGUUGAUGAAUUAGAAGAGAUACUUGGUAUUAGUGAUAAAUAUAAUAAUGAAUUAGAAAUUAAAAAAUCAGAAAAUAAGAAUAAUGUCUCUAAAGAAAACUUGAUUGAAAGUUCAUCAAAAAAAAGUAAUCAAAAUAUAUCAAGUACAAGUACUUUAUUAAGUUGCACAAAACAAAAAAUUGAAAAGACAUUUGUGUACGAUACUAAACAUGAACAAGAAAGGAUAUAUGAUUAUCCAAUAGAAAAUGAUACAAGUGAUUCGGAAAUAGAUUUUAUAGAUUGUAGUUCUUCUAACAAUUCUCCAAUAGUUUCUAAAAAAUUUAAAUUAUCAGAAAAUGACGUAGAAGAAACUUUAAAUAAAAAUGAUAAUAAUACAUUCUCAAAUUCUUCUAUAUCAAAAAAAAAAAGAAAACAAAAUAUCAAAAAAAAAAUAUCUGAUAAUGAAUAUAACCAUGAUAGUCAUGUGGUCGAUUUAACAUGGUUUGAAUUUCAUAAAAGAUUGAUGUUAUUGAAUGAACAAAGUGUGUUAGAAAUUAACGCCUUGCGAGAAGAAAGUACGAAGGAAUGGUUUGUUUCUCUUGGGAAGAUUCCUAUUCUUAUAUAUGAAGCUAUACAAAUUGAUAUAUGGAAACAUAAAGUAUUUCCACUUUUGAUAGAAAUGAAUGAAGAACCAAAAAAUACUUUUAUGCUAUUCACAAUAUUUUAUCACGAAGAUAUUGCAGUUUCUUUAUUAGAAAAUGUAUUAUUUCACUGUGAAAGUGCAGAAACUUUGAAUGAUUCUAUUCUUGAUCUUGUUGAUUAUGCUGUUAAAUCUGUAUCUCUACUCAUUGAUGUAUCGAAUGUUGAAAUAUAUGAAAAUGUAAAAGAUCCAAAUUCAUGUCUUGAAGAAAUUUUUGAAAAAAAGAAAGAAUUCGAAUUUGAUAUUGGUAUACGUUGCAUUUCAAUUCUUCGUUACUUGGCUGAAUUUGCAGACAAAUUACCAUUAUAUGUAUUAUCACGAUUAUUAACUACACAUGAUGUACCCUACUUGCUUGUUGAACUUAUUGAGAAACAUCCAUGGACAAAAAAAAAUACAGAAGGAGAAAAUAUGACAUAUAAUGGUGGCUGGAGAAAAACAAAAUUAAAUGAAGAGGAAAAGAUUUCUAAGAUAGAAGGACAAAUUUGGUUAGGUUUGCGAGAAUUAUUACUUAAUCCAAAAAGUGCAUCUUAUUACGAAAUUACUGAACAUAGAUUCUUUAAACUAUUAAAGUUACAGAAAUAUUUGCAUGAAUGUGUAGUAGAUCAAAUUUCUCCUUUAAUGGAUUUAAAACGAUGGUUAAAUUAUUUAAAUGUAUCAUCACCUAAUACUAAUGCAUCACGAGCAGUAAAUGUGGAACUCAUACCACAGAUAAGAUCAUCAAUAAUGGAGAAAUAUCAUAAAAAAUGGAAAAAAUUAGCAAAAAAUCAAUCAAAAUUUAUAUACACAACAGAUGCUGAUUAUAUAAAAAAUGCAGCUCAAAUCUUAAGUGAUGCAUAUGAUUUAGAUAAACUAGAUUGCAUUGAUAUUAAAGAAUGUUUUUUAUGUCAUGAAGAAGCAAAAAAACGUUGUUCCAAAUGUAAAGAAGCUUGGUAUUGUGGAAGGGAAUGUCAAAUAAAAGAUUGGAUUAAACAUAAAAAUAUUUGCGACAAAAUAACAAAAAAUAUAGAAAAUAAAUAAAAGGUUUAAUUCUAAAACUAUUUUUAGAAAAAAAUUUUUAUCAUCUUUUUAUUAUUUUGUCUUCAAUGAUUAAAUUAAAUAAAUUAAAAAUUAUUCAUGAA